AUGGGGCCACCUAAGAUAGAAAAGAAAUCGACACGCACGUUGUAUUUAAAGAAUCUUCCAAGAAGGCCUAAAAAUAAAGAAAACUAUACAAAAUUACUUCUGAAACAUAUUAAUCCCUCCAAUAAAUUCGUUAAUAAUCCAUCACUACAACUUCCGACCAAUACACUUCCAAAGGACCAAUUUGAUGUUGAAUCCAUCGAUGAAAAAACAGGUAUUGUAUCGGUAUCUAAAUCGAAUGCCAAAACGUUAAAUAGCCAAUGCUUUAUAACAUUUACUACAGUCGAAAAAGCAUCACAAUUCAAAGAGGAUUUCGAUAACAAGUUACUUAUAAACGGUAGUAAGAUUGACAUUGGAUUUUCAAAGAAGGAUUCUUUUUUAGGAUUGUGUUUAAAGGAUCGUACCAAGUUUCAACUUGCUCUAAAAAACAGAAAUACCAAGAAAGCGUUGUUGGCUAAUGAUGAGUUACUACGAAGGCAUAAAUUGAAAAGAACAUUAAGACGAUUAAGACGUCGUUUGAGAGUCAAAGGUAAAACUGAAGAACAAAUAUAUGAUAUUGUAAAGAACCUGGAAGCAGAAAGAACUACUAAGACUCGAAUUUUGGAGAACAAAGAUGAGAAGAAGAAAACUAAAGCAUCAAAAGCUUCCAUUGAUAAAAGUUCUACAAUGCAGAAAACUAAGCUUGCAAUAAAAGAAGCUAGUACAUCCCAGAAUCCACCAAACAAAGUUCUGUUGGUACAACAUUUACCUUCAGAUGUUUCUGAAGAAGAUGUCGCAGAAUUAUUCACAUCUGAGGGAUUUGUUGAGGUUAGACUGAUUAGGGUCAGGAAUCUGGCCUUUGUAGAAUAUAAUACCAUUGGACAAGCAAGUGCCACUAAAAAGAAGCUUUCGGACAUUUUUAAUUGGAAAGGCAAAGAAAUCACGAUAGGAUUUGCCAAGUGA